AUGAACCGUGUACAAAGCACGAUGAAGCAUGAUGAAUCAAGCGGGGCGACGCUCAUAGUCCUAGCCUACAUCCCGAACUCUAUACUUGUAAUGUUCCGUGAAGUCGUUUUCCUCGCUUUCCUGGUCUUCCAGUUCAUACAUGCUUCCAAACACAAAUUCGGCGACCUUCCAGCAGCAAUUAAAGGAUUCUACCCCCAAGAUCACAAAGAUCUUAUAAAAAAUCUUACUGCUGACGAUAAGGCUGUCUUGAAAGAAGUCUUUGGGAAGAAUACCACCUUUAAGAGCGGAGAGGAGGCAAUUGCUGAACUCCAAAAGAAGUCGCCGAAGCUUGGUGCGACAGCUGAGAAGAUCCGCGCUGUUAUCAUGGGCAAGGUUGCGGCACUCAAACUACAGGAGACCAAGGAUUUCGUACAACAGAUGCUCGCGAAAGGACGUAAAAUGCGAGCACGAAUCUUCAGCGACAACAAGCCAUCCCUCGCUGAUCUGCAGAAAGCUGUCACUGAACUUGUACAAUCAUACAAAGCUUUAUCGGAUGCUGGUAAAAGCGAUUUUGAGAAGCAGUUUCCAGAACUCACCAAGCAUCUGAGAAGCGAGGAGUGUCGAAGAGGACCAUGUGACGUGAUUUUGCGUCCAUCAUAA